AUGUCUGCAGCACUCGGGACGCUGGCCCUGAUCACGGCUCAGAUCAUUCUCUCACAUGGAUUGGCUCCUAAUAUUGAUUACUCGCAUAAUAUGCGGAUCCUGCGCCUACCGAAGUCCACACCGAUAGGCACAAUCGUCUAUCGAUUGAAAGGAUCAGACUCUCACACAACGACUCUGAAAUUCGGAGCGAGGAAUCAGGAAGGUAGAGAAUUGUUGGACUUUCAGUCCGUGAAUCUCAAUGAAGCAGACGUUAUUCUCAAACAACCACUGAAGCGAGAGAACUAUACCAUUACUUUAUUUGUUACCGACGGGAAGGAGACAACCUCAAUUGAUGCAAGCAUAGUCGUGACGAAUGGGACAUUGUCCAAUCCGUUUGUAGAUACGCCAUCUGUGAUGAAAGUGCCAGAGAAUACUUCUUUAAACACAACGGUCGGAUACAUCCGAGCACGCGAUAAUCCAAGCAGUUAUUUGCCGGUCGUUUUCGAAGUUCGAGGCUCUUCAAAGUUCUGGAUGAAAUACAUAUUCGGCCCGCGGGGAGUGAGUGCCGGUGCUCUUCAGCUCAAGGAAGCACUGGACUACGAGCGGAAGAACGUGUACUACAUUCAUGUGGCAGCUCUAAACACGUUCACGGAUCAAGAAGUCGACACUAGGAAUAUUGUGAUCCUCGCGCUGUGUAUUGUCGUCGAAGACGUGCCUGAUACCAGCCCGUAUUUCAUUGGGAUCCCCCCUCUCAUCCCGGUGAACGCUAACACGCUCGCGAACACCGUCAUUCAUCGUCUGCUCGCUGUCGAUGGAGAUUUCGGUGCUCCUCGGAAUCUUUCGUUCAUCGCGGACCCGCACAACGACUGGAUGACCUUUUUCCGCAUCGAUCCUCAUACCGGCGAAGUCGUUACGCUACGCGACGCCAGGGAACUUGUCGAGAGAUCCUGCGGAACCCCUGUGGCGAUCCUCAAUGUCACCGUCAGGGAAAUCGAAAGCACAUCCGAGUACCCGGCGCUGGAAUCGAGCGCGGAAUUCGGCAUAGCCAUCGUGUCCGAAGAGGACCGACCACCCGAAUUCAUGGCGGGUCCAAGAAUUUUAGGCCAAAUCGCGGAACUGAGUCCUACGAACAGUGCCGUAAAAUGGAAUCCAGGCUACUCGAACAAAGUCUCCGACCGAGACAGCGGAAUCAAUUCAACAUUCAAAUUAGAUUUGGAGGACGAUGCGCUGGAGGCCUUUGAAGUGGUUCCUCGGCAUGUCAUUCGGGAGACGGAGUUUGCUCUAGUCGUCAAGGAUGCCUCAAAACUGCGUUUCGAUCCGCAUAAGGAUCCCCAUCUCACGAUGAAGAUACUCGCCACAGAAACCGAGGCGGCUACACCACUGAGCGCGUGGAUCGAGGUGAUCGUCGAGCUGCUCGACGUUAACGAUCACUUUCCUCAAUUCACCCAAGAGACGUACAUCGCCUAUGUGAGAGAGGACGCCCUGCCAGGCUCGCACGUCAUCACUGUCAAUGCGACUGACGAGGACAGCGGCCUAUACGGGAAAGUCCGCUACAUGGCGCUGCUGGGACCGAUGGCCAGCAGCUUCUCCUUGGAUCCCUACUCAGGCAGAAUUACUCUUGUGAGCACUCGAGGAAUCGAUAGGGAAAAAGUUCCUGAGUAUCUGUUGGCAGUGGACGCGCGUGACGAAGACGGCAACGGUCAUAAGGCCCUCGCACAACUGAGAAUUAUCAUAGAAGAUGCCAACGACAAUGCGCCAGUAUUUCUCCAACCUCGCUACGACGCAGUGCUCAAUUCCGAUCGAUCGAAUUUCACACAGCCCUUGAUAGUCAAGGCGAUUGACGCGGACGCACCGGGGCCUAAUAGCAACGUCACCUACGAAAUCAUCGCGGGGAAUUUCGAAGACAAGUUUUCGCUCGAUAGUCAUCAAGGAUUCCUGAUCUUGAAGGACGCUCUCUCGCCGAUUUCCAAAACUCUGAAGAUGACGAUCCGCGCUCAUGAUUCCGGAAUACCCAUACAGAGUUCGACGGUUCCUGUCUACAUCCAUAGCCAGGACUAUUUGAGCAGAGGGGUCUCGGUGGUAGUGCCUCGGUCUUCGUUUGAAGUCCAAUCUCAGAAGAGCAAGUAUGAGAGAGGUCUUUCGGAUCUGUUCGGUGCUCAAGUGACUAUACAGAACGUCGGAAUAUACAACGACAGCACUCCGAACUCAUCUGUUGUCGACGCGCAAGCAACCUACGAUCAUCGCCGGAUUGAUUUGAAUGAGGCUCUGUGGUUUUUCAAAAUUCUCAGCGAGGACACCCUCAGCGGGAAAACCGAAGGCUCGACCGGGAGCGGUGGCCACGGGGCUGCCGGACGAGAUCCGACUGGGACCCUGCCGCCUAGAAGACCCGACCCAGCUACACAAGCAGAAGACAGAGAAUCUUCCAAAGAGCCGGAGAGACAGGUGACAUCAUCGACGUCGACGACGACCACCACCACCACGACAACCACUAAGAGAGAGACGGAAGCGAUUCCCGAGAGCACGUCCACAAAACCCCCGAAGGAUCCAGCUCGAGAAAACAACGGGGCCAUUAGCCAACAGGACAGUUUCGACGGGAGAGAGAAAAAAGAGGAGCCUGUCAUCAUGAGAGUCGGCGUCGACGAGCGGAUUGUUUGGAUCCUCCUUGUGUGUUUUCUGAUGACGUUCCUUGUUCUACUGGCGUGUCUCCUGUGUUGUUGUUGGAGAAACUUUUUCAGAAGUUCCGUGGUGAAGGAGCGCCAGGAGCUCGUCGGACCGCCCCAGCACCCGUACGGGGACGUACUAGCUUACAACACGAACUCUCUCCAAAGGGAUCAGGCGAAAGACACUUCGAUCCUCAUAGAUCCGGAUCCCGAUAGGAGAAGUAAUCUCAACAAUACAAUGGACAGAUCGUAUCGGUCCACCUUGAACCGUCAAACACGGAAUGAGGUCCGUGAGAUACCGCUGUACGAAGAAUCGGGAGACGACGAAGGAGACGAAGAUGCUGAUGCCAUGAAUAGGCAUCGCUACAUUCUCAAAGAGCUGAGACGACAACGAGGUCAGAAGAAAUCCCGGGCCGAACAGGACGUUCGUAAACUCGGAUCGUAUGUGCUCAUCAAGAAACUUUUGCCCGACGGACGAUACAGGGAUCGUGAGGACUCUCUCAGUGAUCUGGCCUCCACUUUCAGCAGCAAUUUCGUCCCUAGAAGGAGGCAGCGCAGGGUGAAACCUGCCGACGAGAGACGGAAUAGCGCGGACGACGACUCCUACCAGGAGCGCCGCAUGGCACCGAAGAAAACCGAAAUUCUGUAUAUCAAAACGCCUCCUCCGAUUCCCAAGCGAGAGACUGGGUCUCUUGACUCGUUCGAUGCCUCCAUUCCAGCCAACGAUGAUUUCGACGAGGAGCUGAAUCAGCGCAUCAAUCAAAAAAAUGCUGCGACUGAAGCGGAUCGGAGGAAAGAGAGUUCGAGAGCCACGACCGUCGUGAGGAAUCAAAAAUCAGCACAAAGUGGUACCAGUGAAAACGACCCCAAAUCCGUUAGUUUCGAAGACAGCCAAGAGCAGCAGACCACACAAUUGAACAGUGUGAAUGCCAAGCUCCGGGUAGCUAAUAGCGCUCCGAUGACUUCGACCCCGCUGAAACCCGCGGGGCAGCGGAAGGUGAAUUCGACAAGAGCGACCGGAAACAUCGAGAGGAACAACGAUGACCGUCAAAAUCACAUUGAAGACCUGGAUAAGAUGACCGUCACCUCAGAUGCGGCCUCCGAGUCCACUCGAGGCUUCCGUUUCAGCAGGAACUUCGAUGUCGGUCGUCAGCGAACCGAAAUCUCCGAAGACGAUUCCGACUCCGGGAUCGGAGGAGGACCCAUCAUGACUCUGAGGAAUCCUCACUUCAAGAAGAAAAGCGUUUUCACCAUCGCAUUCGACGACGUUCGGAGGACCGAACCUCUAAGGACGGGGCAUCGAUAUUCUCCGUGA